AUGAGUCGACAGAAGUCUGGGAGUGGAAGAGCUGUUGAAGCUUCUCUUUCAUCAUCUCCUUCAUUGAAAGGGAAAAGAGAUGUGAUGGCUAAACAUUCAGAGGCAAUGGACUUCAGAGAUUGGUGCAAAAAUGAAUGUGUCAAGCUUCUUCGAUCCAAAGGCCUCCUGUAUGUCGAAUAUGUCUUCAUUAAUAUGGAUACGAGGUUUGUGGGCUGUUGGCUAAUGUUUUGA